CGCUCGCGGAGUGUACACAAAAAAGGAAAGGCUUUCUUUUCAGCCAGCUGCAGCAGUUGCAAGCACAACAAACGCUGGGGCUGCAAAGGAACACGAACACUUCAACAUAUACUUCGUCAUAUAUACACAACAAUAAUUAUACAUUUUGUUGAAAAACUGUCUAAAUAAAUACAAAAAAAAUAUAUUGCUCAAAAUUAGACUGCUUAUUGAAAAUAAAACGGGCGCAUUUUGGCGCGUGUGUCUGUGCAGUGAAAAGUGCAAUCAAGAGAAUUAAGUAGAAAUUGAUUUUUAACCAGUGUCAAGUGUGCCAACAACAACUACUACAAAAAGCAACAAAAACAGCAGCAAAAUGGUGCAAAAAUUUCAAUCGCCUGUUCGCGUCUACAAAUAUCCCUUUGAGCUCGUUAUGAAGGCCUACGAGCGUCGCUUUCCCACCUGCCCCCAAAUGCCCAUAGUGCUUGACUGUGAGGUGAUCAAGGACGAGUGCCUCGAGAAUGGCGCCAAACGGAAUACGAGUCGACGCUGUAAAUUGGCCGUGGAUGCACCCUACAUCUUUAAGAAGCUGAUCGGUGUGGAUUUCGUGUUCUUUCUGCAGCACAACUAUCUGGACAUGACGAAUCGUACGCUCAGCAUUGAGGCUGUGAAUGAAAGCUUCUCAUCGCGCAUCGAGAUCUUUGAACGUUGUCGCUAUUAUGCUCAUCCCGACAACUCGGAGUGGACUUGCUUCGAUCAGACGGCAACGCUCGAUAUUAAGAACUUCUUUGGGUUCGAGCACUCGAUGGAGAAGAUGGGUAUGAAGCAGUACACACAGACGACGCUCAAGGGCAAGGAGAUCAUUGAGUUCUUCAUCAGCCAGCUCAAGGAGGAGGGCAUAACGCAUGUGGAACGUUGGGUGCCGCCAUUGAAUGCACUCAAAUCACCGACUGCCGAUGAACAUCACGAUAUAUUGCUCGAUGGCGAUUUUAUUGCACGCAAUUUGGGACAAUUGUCGCCGAUGCAGGAGUCCAAGCUGCUGGAGCUGCGAAAAAUGCUCGAUGGUGUCGAUGAUCUGGAGCGCAUGCCCAGUUAUCAGACCAUCUUGCGUUUCUUGUCAGCACGCGACUGGCACGUUAACCAGGCCUACACAAUGCUCUGCGAUUCCCUCAAAUGGCGAAGCGAGCAUCGCAUCGAUACCCUGCUCGAGGAGUACAGCAAGCCGGCUGUUGUCGUUGAGCAUUUCCCUGGCGGUUGGCAUCAUCACGACAAGGAUGGUCGUCCCAUUUAUAUACUGCGUCUGGGCCACAUGGAUGUGAAGGGUCUGCUCAAGUCCUUGGGCAUGGAGGGUUUGCUGCGAUUGGCUUUGCACAUUUGCGAGGAGGGCAUACAGAAGAUUAAUGAGUCUGCCGAGCGUCUGGAUAAACCAGUGCUCAACUGGUCGCUGCUGGUCGAUCUCGAAGGUCUCUCGAUGCGUCACUUGUGGCGUCCCGGCAUCAAGGCGCUGCUCUACAUCACCGAGACCGUGGAACGCAACUAUCCGGAGACAAUGGGCCGUGUGCUGGUCGUGCGUGCUCCUCGCGUUUUUCCCAUUGCCUGGACCAUUGUUAGCGCUUUCAUUGAUGAACAUACACGCUCAAAGUUCCUGUUCUAUGGCCCAGAUUGCGAGCACAUGCGUGAUGGACUCGCCCAGUAUAUUGAUGAGGAAAUUGUGCCCGAUUUUCUGGGUGGUCCCUGUAAGACCAUGAUCCAUGAGGGUGGCCUGGUGCCCAAGUCGCUGUACAAGAUGAACUCACUGGAGGAUCAUGAAGAUGGCGAGACACCGGUGCCGUCACGUGCCCUCUCCGCAUCCGCUGGCGAUGCUUGCAGCGAGGGCAAACGUUUGUCGGCCGCCCAUCUGCAUGAUCAUAGGAAUCUGUACAAGACCGUGGAGCUAAAGCCUGGCUUCACCCAUGAGUUGCUCAUCCGUAAUUCAGAUCCGAAAAGUGUGCUCACCUGGGACUUUGAUGUCAUGCGCAACGAUUUGCACUUUACGCUAUAUCGCGUCACCCAAGAGUUGCCCGACAAGAAUGAUGCUGCUGUUUCAUACUUUGAUCUUCAGGACUUUAGUGAAGGCGUCAACUAUUUCCGUGAGGAGCCCACGCUCAUCUGUCGUCACAAGGAGAGUGUUCAGGGAUCUCAUGUGAUGCAUCACAACGACAGCUAUCUGAUGCAUUGGUUUAGCCCGUCUGGCGCUCAAUUGAAUCUGUUCUACGAAGUGCUCAGUUCGGUCAAUUACAAGGGAUCAAUGACCAGUCUGCAGUCGGCAUUCUCAUCCAAUUCAUCAGCGGCCAGCUCAUGCCAGAGUCGAUGAUAUGAGCAGAAUGGCCAAAGUGGCGGAGACAACAACGUAAACACCACGGCCAAUAGCCAGAAGAAAGAGGAUGAGGAGGAGCACGUUGAGUUGGAUCUACUGUCGGGAACACUAAUGGAGAAGAGCUUGAAUCUAUUCGAUACGCCAGAUAUAUUCUUUUAAGUCGUAAAACAAAAUUCGCAAUCUCCUUUAAUUUAAUUUAGUUCAAUUUAAUUUAAUUCCAUUUAGUUUAGUUUAAUUGAAUUGAGUUUAGUUUAGAUACGUUUUUUUAUUAGCGCAGUUUCGCCGUUUCUUCUGUCGUUAUUUUCUUUUCAAUAUAUGUAUUGUAACCAUAUUAAGCCAAAAAUGUAACGAAAUUUGUUUAAUAGGACUUUGAAAUAAUGCAUACAGCAGAUAUAUACAUAAAGAUAUAAGCAUAAAGUAAAUAGUACAUACGGUUGUAAUCAGAAAAUUUAUAUUUAAAUAUCACGCAACAUUCACAUUCAUUUAAAGGCGUCAAUUAGUCCAUUUUAGCAAGUAUAUACAUAAUAUAUAUAUAUAUAUAUAUAUAUAUAUAGCAGCUUAUACAGAUACAUAUUAAUCAUGAUAUACACACAUUUAUACUAAAUUAUCAUAUUAUAUUUGUAAUAUUUGUAGCGCAGCUAAUUUUAUAUGGCUUUUUAUAAACACACAAAACAAAAAUAUGACAGAAAAAAAAACGUAACGAAUCAAUGCCAGAAUCAAUGCUAGAAAUCAAAACAAACAAUGAGAUUUACAAAAAAUAUCUAAUCAAUGACUACAUGUUACCUAAUUAGUUUAAUUCGGGAUCUAAAACUAACAAAAUGCAUAAACCCAUUUUAGGCUACUCAAAUGAUUUAAAUAAAAUUGAAAAUAAAAAUACGUACGCAUAUAGAGACAGAAACAGAUCGAAUUACAAGUGCAAUAUCAAGAAAAUUCUGUUUAGAUUACGAAAUUAAUGCUGCAAGAAAUAAAUCAUUUAUGUUAAAUAUUAAUAGUGUGUAAGCGCAUGAUAAUGAUAAUCAGUAAUAGAGACAACCAAUAUAUAGAAUUUGAAUUAAUUAAAUAGCCAAGCAAAUGCCGUGCAUGUUACCUAA